AUGUCGUCCUCGAAGGGCCUUUUGCGACAUCUGCCUCUGCCUCUACGUCUGUGGAGCAAUAGUAGCCCACUAUCGGUGAUUACACGGCAGACGGCACCGUCUGUAUCUGUUUCUGUUUCUCAAGGAAUCGCCAACUGUGGUAUAUUUUCGAGAGGUCUUGCUUCACUUGUAAAUGGUCAAGUGAAGCCGUUGAAUAGUCGCCGUGAUAAUGGACGGCCUAUGCCAAUCGGUAUUCGGAGUCUUGUUCCCAAGAUCUCUGACCGAGCUUGUUCCGCCCACGCCAGACUUGCCCGCAACGAAACAAUGACUGACCGCGAUGUUCUCCCCGACAAUGUCAAGCCCAAGCACUAUGAUCUCUCCUUGAGGGAUCUCGAGUUCACCAACUGGACUUACCAGGGAACCGUUACUAUCGACUCGGAAAUCACAAAGCCUACCAAGGAAAUCAUCGUCAACACUCUCGAACUAAAGCUCUCUCACGCCAAGGUCUCCGUCAACUCCAAGACAUUCGAAUCUACAAAGUUCGACUAUGACUCCAAGGCUCAGCGAUCUACCAUCACCUUUGACGAGGAGCUCCCCGUCGCUUCCAAGGCUUCCCUGAUCAUCGAGUUCGAGGGUAUCAUCAACAAUGAGAUGGCUGGUUUCUACCGCAGCAAGUACAAGCCUGCCGAGACUCCUUCUGCUUCGGUUCCUAGCGAUGGUGAAUGGCACUAUAUGUUCAGCACACAGUUCGAGGCUUGUGAUGCCCGCCGAGCUUUCCCUUGCUUCGACGAGCCUAACCUCAAGGCCACUUUUGAUUUCGAUAUUGAGAUUCCUUCCGACCAGGUUGCUCUGAGCAACAUGCCUGUCAAGGAGACUCGACCUUCAAAGGAUGGCUGGAACAUUGUGUCAUUCGAGACCUCUCCUGUCAUGAGCACUUACCUGCUGGCCUGGGCUGUCGGUGACUUUGAGUACAUCGAGGCCUUCACCGACCGCAAGUACGACGGCAAGCAGAUUCCUGUCCGUGUCUACACCACCCGCGGUCUCAAGGAGCAGGGUCAGUGGGCUCUUGAGCACGCUCCCAAGAUCAUUGACUUCUUCUCCGAGAUCUUCGACAUCGACUACCCUCUGCCCAAGUCCGAUUUGAUUGCUGUUCACGAGUUCACACACGGCGCCAUGGAGAACUGGGGUCUCGUCACCUACCGCACUACCCAGGUUCUGUACGAUGAGAAGACCUCUGAUCCUCGAUUCAAGAACGCUGUCGCCUAUGUCGUCGCUCACGAGCUUGCUCACCAGUGGUUCGGCAACCUCGUCACCAUGGAUUGGUGGGAUGAGCUCUGGCUCAACGAGGGUUUCGCUACCUGGGUCGGUUGGCAUGCUGUUGAUCAUCUGCACCCCGACUGGCAAGUCUGGGCUCAGUUUGUCAACGAGGGUAUGGAGGCUGCUUUCCGUCUGGAUGGUAUCCGUGCUAGUCACCCUAUCCACGUUCCUGUCCGGGAUGCUCUUGACGUCAACCAGAUUUUCGAUUCCAUCAGCUACCUCAAGGGUUGCUCUGCCAUUCGCAUGCUUGCCAACCACCUUGGUGUCGAGACUUUCCUCAAGGGUGUUUCUAACUACCUGAAGGCUCACGCCUAUGGAAACGCUAAGACUACUGCACUGUGGAACGCUCUUGGCGAGGCCUCUGGCAAGAACGUCACUGAGCUCAUGAACCCUUGGAUCUCCAAGAUCGGUCACCCCGUCCUUACUGUUGCUGAAGAGCCUGGUCAGAUCUCUGUCAAGCAGUCUCGAUUCCUGUCUACCGGAGAUGUUAAGCCUGAGGAUGACACCACCACCUGGUGGGUUCCUCUCGGCCUCGAGGGCAAGAAGGACCAUGCCGGUAUCGCCUCUCUGUCUCUCACCACCAAGGAGGAUACCAUCCGCGACGUCGACGAGGACUUUUACAAGCUCAACAGCGGUGCCACUGGUUUCUACCGAGUCAACUACCCCCCUGAGCGCCUCGCCAAGCUUAGCAAUCAGCUGGAUAAGCUCAGCACCGAGGACAAGAUCUCCAUCAUUGGUUCCACCGCCGACCUUGCUUUUGCCGGCAACGGCACCACCCCUGCUCUGCUGACCUUCCUCGAGGGAUUCGGUAAGGAGAACCACACUCUGGUCUGGCGCCAGGUACUUGACUCCAUUGGUGGUGUCAAGUCUGUUUUUGGAGAGGAUGAGUUCAUCAAGAAGGCUCUGGAUAAGUUCACCCUGAAGCUCAUUGACCAGAAGGUCAAGGAAGUUGGCUGGGAGUUCCCUGAGGGCGAGGACUACCUCACCGGUAUCUUGCGAAAGGAGAUUAUUGGUGUUGCUGUUGCUUGCGGCCACCCUGCUGUGACUGAGGAGGCUUUGAAGCGCUUCAAUACUUGGGUUGAGAACCCCGAGGCUGGCUCUAUCCCCGCCCCUAUCCGUACCGCUAUCUGGCGCGCUGCCAUCAUGAAGGAGCCUGCCCGUACUGUUGAGAUUCUCAAGAAGGAGUGGUUCAACACCAAGUCUAUCGACGGCAAGCUUCUCUCCCUCAGCGUUCUCGGCACUGUCAAGGACGCUGAGCUCCUCACCAAGGAGGUCAUUCCCUUCAACUUCAACGAGUCUCCUCCCUCCAACGCCGUCCCUGCCGGAGACAUGCACGUCCUCGGUGGCUCUGUCGCUAGCAACGUCAUUGGCCGUCCUUUGCAAUGGAAGUUCAUGCAGGACAACUGGGAUGCCGUCAUCACCAAGCUUGGCAACCCUGUCGUUGUCGACCGAUACAUGAAGCUCAGUCUGGGCAGCUUUACCAACGCGUCUGCUGUUGACGAGAUUGAGAAGUUCAUGGCCGACAAGGAUACCAGCAGCUUCAACCGAACUCUGGAGACUGUCAAGGAUAAGAUCCGUGGACGUGCUGCGUACCGGGAGCGUGACUCUGAGAAGCUCAAGGAGUGGCUCAGCGCUCAUGGAUAUGCUUGA